CUGCCAUGUUUCACUUCCUGUGCUUGCGAACAAAAUAGAAUCGCCAAGAAAACCCUGCGAGUGAGUGUUUUAACAUCACACUCGAAAAUAACAUCAAAGUGGUAGUUGAAAGAGUGCCACAACUCGAACCGCACUUAUACCAACACAAAACAACAAAUUCAGAGUAGCAGCCAAAAAUUCAAGUCAAGAAAAACAAAGUUGCGGAAACAAUCAGCAAACGGAAAACUUUGCCGCACUCCGUCGACAUACAGAAGAAGGAGAGGAGGGUACUUUAUUUUUUCUUGCUUUUAUUUUUGGAAGCGCGUGAGAGUGAGUGUAGGUGUGUGUGCGCGUUUGAGGUAAAAGAACAACGAACGUAGCUAGAAAGAUGGCAGACUCUGAAAAACAGCAGCAGCUACCCAUUGAGCAGCAGCAGCCGCUGGACCAGGAAGAAGAGCUGGAUGAGGGGCAGCAAGCGCAGGGCAAGCCCGCUCCGCCACCAAAGGAAAUUAUUGCCACCAAAGUCACCGGCACUGUCAAAUGGUUCAACGUGAAGAGCGGCUACGGCUUCAUCAAUCGCAACGACACCAAAGAGGAUGUCUUCGUUCACCAGAGCGCCAUUGCGCGCAACAAUCCCAAGAAGGCGGUGCGUUCGGUGGGCGAUGGCGAGCUCGUUGAAUUCGAUGUGGUCAUUGGCGAGAAGGGCAACGAGGCGGCCAAUGUGACCGGUCCGUCUGGUGAGCCAGUGCGUGGCAGUCAGUUUGCUGCUGACAAGCGUCGCAACUUCCGACCCUGGAUGAAGAAGAAUCGCCGCAAGCAGCCGGGCGAUGGUGACAACGAAGGCGAUGAAAUGGCGCCAAUGCAGCAGCAGCAACAACAACAGCAGUCACUCGAUGGCCAGCAGCAGCAGAUGCAGGGAGGUCCACGCCAGCCACGUCAGAACUAUCGUCGCGGUCCCGGCGGCGGCGGCCCUGGUGGUCCACCCGGCGGACCACGCGGUGCUCCACGUGGUGGUGGCGGCCCAGGCGGACCACCCGGUGGACCUGGACAGCGUCGCUACAACAACUAUUAUCCGCGCCAAACACGUCGCGGUCUCGGCGGCGGCGAUGGCAGCGUUGAGCCCGGCGUCCAUGAUCAGAAUCCUGAUGGUGUACAGCGAGGCGGCGAUGGUCAGCGUCGUGGUGGCGGCGGCGGAGGCGUUGGUGGACCACAGCGACGUUUCUUCCGACGCAAUGGACCACCGCCACGUCGUGAUGGUGGCGAGUACAUUCAGGGUGGACAAGGACCGCCACGUCAACCGUUCCGUCCGCGUCGCCAGAAUCGUAAGCCCAAUGGCCCUGGCGGUGGCAUGGAACAGCAGCCACAGCAGAACGGCGCUCAAGAGCUGCAAAAUACAACAACAGAAAGCACCGCAUAAAUAAAACAAAUGUAAAAAUUACAUCAGCAGCAGAAAAAAUUGCAACAACAACAGCAAGAAGCAGCAACAGCAGAUGAUAAGGAUGCAGAAGAUGUGGAGGGAACAAAACAAGAAAACAUGUGAAAUUUGUAAAUGGGCCGCCGCGUUAUUUUGUUGCGUUUUGUUUUUUUUUUUAUCUGUGGGCAAAAACGACAGCAAAACAGAAAUGUAAAAUUUCUAAGCAAACCAAAAAGAAUAAGAAAAUAAUGAAAGAAGUUCAGUGGCAAGUAAUAAUAGUAUUUAUGUAUUAUAAAAAUCAGCAAUAAACAAAAUCAGUCGACACUAAAAUUUACAAAACAAAAAUUAUAUAUCUAUUUAUAAACAUAUUACUAUUAUUAUACACAUAUUUAUACAAUACAAAUGUUUAGUGAUUUAUAAAUUUGUAAUUUUACACGAAAGUUUUGUUGUGCGUUUUAAAAAAGCUUUCAAUUUUUAAGAGUUUUGUAGCUGAAGAUGUUGAAAAACACUUCACAUUUAAAUUGAAUUCUAUAAUGCUAGCCACAUACAUACAUACAAACAAACGACACAUACACACACAAAUUGUAAGCUGCAUCUAAAAUACGUAAGCUCUCAAUAAUGAAAGUCACACUUAACUGUAACACCGUAUCCAACAUUAACCUAGCAGAACCGAGAGCAAAAGAUAACUGGCGAGAAUAACGUAAAAAGAAUAUAGAAGAGCCCCCACAAAUGUAAAACUAAGAACAUCAAGCAAAAAGCAAAUGAGAGUAACAACUUGUAAUUCACAGCAAAGAAAGUAUAUACAAAAUGCAAAACAAA